AUUCGAACGUCACAAAAACAAGGAAUUCAAAGCCUUAACUAAACUUAGCCAAGACCAAAAAAACGUCAUUCAUCUUCUCCAAAAAUCAUAGAUUCAUUUCUUUAAAAUGGCAACCUCUAGCUUCGAAUCCAUUCGAGCUAGAGCUGUGUGGCGAACAUGCCUAGCGUCCGCCUUUCGGACCGCCUUGGCGUGCUCCAUAGUUGGUGUAGCCACCCUUUUCGGGCCAGAAUGUUUCAAGACCCAAGUCGCAUUCCCAGCAUUUUCUUACGUUACUGUUAUUCUUAUUAUAACUAAUGCAACAUUAGGUGACACUUUGCGCUGUUGUUGGCUUGCGCUUUACGCCACGGUCCAAGGUGUUUGUCCUGCUAUAUUGAGCCUCUGGUUGAUCGGCCCGGCCCGGCUCAUGGCUAGUACCACGGCUAUUGCCGUGGCACUAAGCGCGUUUGUCGUGGUGCUACCCGAAAACACUCACUUGAUAGCUAAGCGCAUAGCGCUAGGACAGCUUGUUAUUGUGUACGUUAUAGGUUAUAUUAAUGGUGGAAAAACUGAACCGGUUAUGCAUCCGAUUCAUGUUGCGGCCAGCACUGCUGUUGGAGUUGGAGCUUGUGUUUUAGCAUUGCUGUUGCCCUAUCCAAACCUUGCUUGUUGUGAGGUAAAAGAGAAAAGCAGGCUCUUUGUGGAAAAUGCUUCGGAGAGGAUUAAUCUAUUUGUGAAGGCAUUCUCAGCUGAAGACAAAGAAUCUGCACUUGCUUUAAUUUCUCAAGCCAAGUCCUUAGUUAACAAUGGACCCAAACUUCUCCAAGCAAUUAAAUCCAAACAAGAAAGCAUGAAGUGGGAAAGAUUUCCAUUCAAGUUUUUAAGACCAUAUGGGGACAACCCAGGAAAUAAAUUUGAAGAAAUUCAAACACCCUUAAGAGGAAUGGAAAUUGCAUUGGAAAAAUCUCCUCCAUUUCCACUUGAUAUUCUUAACUCAGAGCUAAAAGAUGGUCUAGAAACACUAAGUGAACACAUUUCAAAGCAAGUCAAAAACAUUUCCCUUGAGUCAGCAACUGUCCCAGAAUCAAAUGCAGAAAAUGCUGAAAAGUUCCUCCAAACACUUCAAACAAUUCAACCAACCAAAAAAGAUUUACCUUCUUUAUUCUUUCUUUUUUGCCUUAAACUCCUAUUAAACAAACCAACUUUCCUUUCAUCCAAAAAAGAAUCCAAGAAACAAGAUGAAGAAGAAAGAUAUAUGAGAAAGACAUGGACCAAUUUGGCAAUUACUAUAAAUAGCAGAAGAUUUAUGGCUGCUUUCAAACUCUCACUUUCUUUAGGCCUUGCAAUUUUCUUUGGAUCUAUUUAUAGUAAGGACAAUGGAUUUUGGGCUGGGUUGCCGGUUGCAAUAAGCUUAGCAGCAACAAGAGAAGCAACAUUCAAAGUUGCAAAUGUUAAAGCUCAAGGGACAGUGUUGGGAACAGUAUAUGGUGUCUUAGGAUGUUUUCUCUUUGAAAGAUUUGUGCAAACAAGGUUCUUGUCUCUGCUUCCUUGGUUCAUUGUCAGCAGCUUUUUGAGCCGUAGCAGAAUGUACGGCCAAGCAGGUGGGAUUUCUGCUGUUAUCGGGGCAGUACUAAUUCUAGGUAGAAAAGGAUUUGGUCCCCCAAGUGAAUUUGCCAUAGCAAGAAUUACAGAAACUUUCAUUGGAUUAUCAUGUUCAAUAAUGGUGGAAAUUUUGUUACAACCAACAAGAGCUUCUACAUUAGCUAAAAUCCAACUUUCCAAAAGUUUUGGAAUUUUGCAUGAAUGCAUUGACUCAAUAAGUUUCAGUUCAUAUAGUAAAAAUAGCUUAGAAGAAAGCCAAAAGAAGCUAAAAUUCCACGUAAAUGAAUUAGGAAAAUUCAUUGCGGAAGCUGACGCAGAGCCCAAUUUCUGGUUUUUGCCUUUUAGUAAUGCUUGCUAUGGUAAGCUUAUGGGGUCAUUAUCAAAAAUGGUGGAAUAUUUACUUUUUGGGUCACAAGCACUAAGAUUCCUAGAACAAGAAUCUGAGAAAAUAGACAAUAAUAUGUGGAAAACAAUAGUGAAAAAACUAGAUGCUGACCUCAUGCUUUUUAAGGAUUUAAUUGGCUCUUAUACAAAAUGUUUUGAGGAGGUUAGUUUGGUAAAAUCACUUGUGGUACUUGACAAGGAAUUUGAGAAGAAGAAAGUUGCAAUUGAUCUUGAGUUGGGAAAAUUACCAACCCCUUAUAAUAUAAGGUCUUCAAGUGAAGAGGAAAUUGAGAAAAACUUAGUUUCUUUUCUUCAACAUUCAAAUGAAGUUGUGGAUGUUAUAUUAAAAGGUGGUAAAAAUGAUGAGAAACUCAAGGGAGAUUUGGUUUUAAGUUUGAGUGCAUUUGGUUUUUGUAUGGAUAAUCUUGUGAAGGAGACUAAAGAGAUUGAGAAGGGAAUUAAAGAACUUGUACAGUGGGAAAAUCCCUCUUGUCAUGUAAAUUUGUAUGAUAUUUCUUGUAAAGUACGGGCUUUAGCCAAUACUGAAACAAAUUGAAGGUAAUGAUAUUUGAAAUUUCAUUG